UUGACGGGAAAGUGUUCCGUGUUUUCUGCGGAAAACAGCGCCGAGGAGCGGGAGAGACAGAGCCGAUGAGGCCGCGGUUCCCCGGGCUGCCCUGCUGCCUUCGGCCCGGCGUCGGUGUGGAUCAGCGGGGCUGAAGCCCACAUCUGUCCGGGGGAACGGCGAUCCCGGCCGGAGGAGCGGACCCGGCUGCACACGGCCAUGUGAGGGGCGGCGCCGCUUGGCCCGGACGCCGGAGGCCACCCGGCACGCAGGCAGCAUGUAGACGCAGCCGCCGGGCCGACGAGGGAGCCGGCGGCUCUGGCACGGUGCGGGGGGAUGGAGGCCGGCCGUGGAAAGCAGCGCACGUGCGGCGGCGUGUGAAGCUGACGGAGGACGCUGAUUGGAUCCCGUAGAUGCAGAGCGGGCGGGCCGGCUGUGAUCCUGCGACGCGGGACUGACUGAGUCAAAGGCCAGCGGCCGCAGCGGAGAUGUAAGAGGCGGCGUCCGCAGCUCUCCGUCCCGACGCCCGGCGACCGCCAUGUCCGCCUGAGACCGCCCGCCUUCUGGACCCGCUCCCCGGUUCCACUGACUGCUGGUCCUCCGCCAUGCGCCGGAACAGAGCCUUCUCCGAGCCGGAGUACUCCGCCGAGUACUCGGCCGACUGCUCGGUGACGCUGCCGUCCGACCCGGGGCAGGCGGUGGGGCGCGCCCACGAGGUGACGGUGCGCAGCUCGGGCUGCUGCCUCUGCCUGCCCCGCUUCAUGCGCCUCACCUUCGCCCCCGAGUCCCUGGAGAACCUGUACCAGACCUACUUCAGGCGGCAGAGACACGAGACGCUGCUGGUGCUGGUGGUGUUCGCCGCGCUCUUCGACAGCUACGUCAUCGUCAUGUGCACGGUGGUCUACACCGCCGACAAGCUGGCGUCCGUUCUGGUGGCGUCGGCGGGCCUGGCGGCGGACGUGGCGCUCUACCUGCUGUGCCGCUUCGGCCUGCUGCCGGACCGCGUCUCCAGGCGGGUGGUGCCCUACGCCCUGUGGGUGCUGAUAGCGGCGCAGAUAUUCUGCUACCUGGGCCUGAACUACGCCCGCUUCCACCAGGCCAGCGACACGGUGGGCUGGCAGGCCUUCUUCAGCUUCUCCUUCUUCCUGACGCUGCCGCUGCGGCUGACGCCCAUCGUGCUGAUCGCCGCCGUGUCCUGCGGCGUGCACACCCUGGUGCUGGGGGUCACCAUCGCCCAGCAGCAGCAGGAGGACAUCCAGGGAGCGGCGCUGGGCCGGCAGCUGCUGGCCAACGUGGUGAUCUACGUCUGUGCCAUCACGGUGGGGAUCAUGUCGUACUACAUGGCGGACCGGAAGCAUCGAAAAGCCUUCCUGGAGGCCAGGCAGUCCCUGGAGGUCAAGCUCAACCUGGAGGAGCAGAGCCAGCAGCAGGAGCGCCUGCUGCUCUCCAUCCUGCCGAAGCACAUCGCUGAUGAGAUGCUGCAGGACAUGAAGAAGGAGCCCAGUCAGAAGGAGAUGCAGCAGUUCAACACCAUGUACAUGUACAGGCACGAGAACGUCAGCAUUUUGUUUGCAGACAUCGUGGGCUUCACGCAGCUGUCGUCGUCCUGCAGCGCUCAGGAGCUGGUCAAACUGCUCAACGAGCUGUUCGCUCGCUUCGACAAGCUCGCCGCAAAAUACCACCAGCUGAGGAUCAAGAUCCUGGGAGACUGCUACUACUGCAUCUGCGGGCUGCCCGACUACCGGGACGACCACGCCGCCUGCUCCAUCAUGAUGGGCCUGGCCAUGGUGGAGGCCAUCUCGUACGUCCGGGAGAAGACCCAGACGGAUGUGGACAUGCGGGUGGGGGUCCACAGCGGCACCGUCCUGGGCGGAGUCCUGGGUCAGAAGCGCUGGCAGUACGACGUCUGGUCCACAGACGUGACGGUGGCCAACAAGAUGGAGGCCGGAGGGAUCCCGGGGCGUGUGCACAUCUCCCAGAGCACCCUGGAGUGUCUCCACGGAGAGUUUGACGUGGAGCCGGGGAACGGCGGCGACCGCUGCGACUACCUGAGGGAGCGAGGCAUCGACACCUACCUGGUGGUCGUCCCCAAGGGGCCGCUGGGAAAGAGCGGCAUCAACGGGGUGAAGCUGUCCGUCACCUCGUCCAAUGGGAACUCGCCGCUGCUGAUCAACACCACGGAGUGCAACGGCAGCGUGAACACGGCGUGCACCACGCCGGAGGAGCCGGAGGAGCUGGACACCAGGGUGGUGAACCCGUCCUUCCCCAACCCCCGCCGGAGGCUGCGGCUGCGCGACCUGGCGGAGCGGGUGAUCGACGCCCAGGAGAACGAGCAGGAGCUCAACAAGCUGCUGAACGAGGCGCUGCUGGAGAGGGAGACGGUGCAGGCGCUGAAGGGGAAACGCACCAACAGGCUGUCUCUGCGCUUCGAGGACCCGGAGCUGGAGACUCGGUACUCGGUGGAGAAGGAGAAGCAGAGCGGCGCCGCCUUCUGCUGCUCCUGCGUGGUGCUGCUCUUCACGGCCGUCAUGGAGGCCCUGGUGGACCCCCGGCUGGUGGCGAACUACGUCAGCUUGGCGGUGGGAGAGGUCCUCCUGCUGCUGCUCACCGUCUGCUCUCUGGCCGCCAUCUUUCCCAGGGUGUUUCCUAAGAAGCUGGUGUCCUUCUCCACCUGGAUCGACCACACCCGCUGGGCUCGCAACACCUGGGCCAUGGCGGCCAUCUUCAUCCUCACCACGGCGGACAUCGUGGACAUGCUGAGCUGUCUGCCUCGGGUCCCGGUCUCUGGCAGCACCACAGCGGCUCCCUCCUCCUCCUCCUCCUCCUCUUCCUCCUCCUCGUCCAGCCUGGAAGGAUGCUGGAACAACCCCAAGUAUUACAGCUACAUUGCCGUGCUGGCGCUCAUGGCCACCACCAUGCUGGUCCAGGUCAGCCACAUGGUCAAGCUCACGCUCAUGCUGCUCAUCACCGUGGCAACCGGCGUCGUCAACAUCUACAGCUGGAGGCACAUCUUCGACCGCUACGACCUGGCUCGCUUCCAGGACUACAGGUCCUACCUGGUUCCCUCCAAGUUCACCAUGACCACCAUGAUCUUCGUCAUGAUGGUCAGCUUCUACUAUUUCUCCAGACAUGUGGAGAAGUUGGCCCGCACUCUGUUCCUGUGGAAGAUCGAGGUCCACGAGCAGAAGGAGAAGGUGUACGAGAUGAGGCGCUGGAACGAGGCGCUGGUCACCAACAUGCUGCCCGAACACGUGGCAAGGCACUUCCUGGGCUCCAAGAAGAGAGACGAGGAGCUGUACAGCCAGUCCUACGACGAGAUCGGGGUCAUGUUCGCCUCCAUCCCCAACUUCUCCGACUUCUACACGGAGGAGAGCAUCAACAACGGCGGCAUCGAGUGUCUGCGCUUCCUCAACGAGAUCAUCUCCGACUUCGACAGCCUGCUGGACGAGCCGCACUUCAGGUGCAUCACCAAGAUCAAGACCAUCGGCAGCACCUACAUGGCCGCGUCAGGGGUCACUCCGGACGUCAGCAACGGCUACAGCUGCAUGAAGAAGGAGGAGCAGUCUGACAGGGAGCGCUGGCAGCACCUGGCUGACCUUGCAGACUUCGCUCUGGCCAUGAAGGUCACUCUCAUGAACAUCAACUACCAGUCCUUCAACAACUUCAUGCUGCGUAUCGGGCUCAAUAAAGGCGGCGUGCUGGCCGGAGUGAUCGGGGCCCGGAAACCUCACUACGACAUCUGGGGCAACACUGUGAACGUGGCCAGCCGCAUGGAGUCCACCGGGGUGAUGGGCAACAUCCAGGUGGUGGAGGACUGCUACAACAUCCUGAAGGAGUACGGCUUCCGCUUCGUGAGGAGGGGGCCAAUCCUGGUGAAGGGAAAAGGGGAGCUGCUCACCUACUUCCUGAAGGGGCGGGACAAGCAGGGCUCCUUCAUCAACGGCUCCUCCGUCACUCUGCCACACCAGGUGGUGGACAGCUAGGGGCGGCACACACACACACACACACACACAGAGGAGAGAGGCUGUUCACCGAGCUGGACUGAGCAGAACUGUUCCAGGUCUAAAAAUCUCCCAUGAUUCAGUGUGUUCCAGUCGGACGUUCAGGACGUUUGAUUAGUGACGUGAGAAGGUUAAAGGUUAAAGCACGACAGACCUCAGUCCACUGCUCCCUGCCCGUCACACACCCCACAUGGUGUGGAGCUUUUGCGAUAAUAACAGCUCAGUACGCGAUGCAUCGUUUUUUUCCCAGAGAUCACUGCCUCAUGAUGAGCGGCUGUUUUCGACGUCAGCUCAGCUGUUUCUCAUGAAUCCGCUCCGCCACGCUGAGUUCAUUGAGAAACACUGAAUCCACACCUCUGUGGAGAGUUACCCCCAGGACAGCGGCCAGUGAGCGUCCAGACCAGCCGGGCGGCCGCUGAAGGAGCUGCUCUCACUGGAUCGCUUUGGAUCCGUCACAUAAGCUGCAGGAAUUUUAUUUUGAAAGGUUCAAAUAAUGUACAACUGCAGAAAGAGUUUAUUUUGGGGGAAAUGCCUGCAGAAGUAGACUUCAUGCUGAGUAUCUCCUGCACACACACACACACACACACACACACACACACACACACACACACACACACACACACACACACACAGUGAUCACUGAUUUUAAGCCUGUCAUUUUAGCAACGACUUUUUGAGCAAAAUCUCCUCAGUCAAAACAGAAUAGUGACCUGUCUCUCUCUCUCUCACACACACAUGCACACACACACACACACACACACACACACACACACACACACACACGCACGCACACACACACACACGCACGCACACACAUACACACACUGACACCACACACACGUGCGCCUUCCCUGGGAGUGUGUUUGGACCUGCUUUCUUUGCUCCACGUCCCUGUCUGGGCGACAGACUGCUGCCAGCUCACACUCUGCCUGUGAUGAAGAGGAGGAGGAGGAGGAGGAAGGCUGUGACGUUACACAGCGAUCUGCCGCCUGCUGCCCGUCACGCCGGACUGUGGGAGUACGGAGGAGUGUGUGUAGACUGUAGAGUGUGUGUGGGUGCAGGUCGGCACGCUGCAGCCUGGAGGAGGAGGAUCGAUGCUAAGUGCCUCUCAGCUGCGAUCUCCUCUCUGGACGGAAGGACGGCGGCUCAUGUCCUCCUCUCUCUGUCCGUCCUGGCGUCCUCCUCUCUCUGUCCGUCCUGGCGUCCUCCUCUCUCUGUCCGUCCCGGCGUCCUCCUCUCUCUGUCCGUCCCGGCGUCCUCCUCUCUCUGUCUGUCCUGGCGUCCUCCUCUCUCUGUCCGUCCUGGCGUCCUCCUCUCUCUGUCCGUCCCGGCGUCCUCCUCCCGCCGUGCCUGACAGGAUGGCGGCAGACCGCUGAGAGGUCGUUGAGGUCAGGGGAGACGGCGAGGCGGACGCCAUCAGAGAGGCUGGAAGCAGGAAACUGAGCGUCUGACGGCCCCCGUGGCUGGAAGGUUGCGGGUUCGAAUCCUGCUUGUUUGAAUGAAUGUAGUUUAUCCUCAUGUUUUCAUUUCCGGUCUGAGAGUCAGAGGCUCUGAAGUAUUCCAGGGAGUGGAGCGAACGCUGCUGCUGCUGCUGGACUGAUGAUCUGAAUGUAUGACGGCUGCUGGAGUGGUGAGCCGAGCGGCAGGAGCGUUUCCACAUCUCCACUGUUUAUAUCAGCUGAUCUCAGCUCCUUAGGAGCUGCUCGGGUUUAUGGGAGGAACAAGUUUAAGGGAUGAUACAUAGAAAGCAUAGGAGCCAGACCUUCUUACACUCCGCUGGUUUUAAUAACGGUGUGUUUAACGCCUCAUUCCGUCUGUUCCCGUUUCAUUAACCCUCACAGGAGAGUCGGUCUGCUCACACUGGGUGCUGGAGGGACGAGCAAAUGAAAACAGUGUCAUAAAAUCAAAGGCUUGUAUUGAUUUGGGUUUCAUGCACUUUAAAGGAAGAUUUCUGCUUUUCUGUUGCCAAAAAGAGACUGAGUGCCUGAAAAUGUCACGUUGUGUAACCAGCAUGGCAGACGCUCAUGAACCUGAACUACACACACCGCCCGCCAAAUUAAAGUGCUCCAUCAUCAACGCCAAUGUGGCGGGGGGUGGGCUGGAGAAGAAGAAACAGCAGCACAGGGAGAACAUGCAGACUCCAAACACAUGCUUUCUGUUCCAGAAGUUACUCAGCUUUUCACUUUCAGGUGCAUCCAGUCCUGUUUUACGUUGAGAGAUGGUAUAGGUUUGAUUCUGGGGUCAUUGUCCUGCCUCUGUUGGAUCUGGGAUGCUCCAGUGGACUCUGCUGGGUCCGGGCUGCCUCCGCCGGGUCCGGGCAGCCUCCGCCGGGUCCGGGCUGCCUCCGCCGGGUCCGAACAGCCUCCGCCGGGUCCGAACAGCCUCCGCCGUUCUCUCAGCAGUUGGUAUUUUCGUACAUGAUGCUCGGCUCCGUCUGGAGGAGGGAAGAGGACUGAGCUCCUUCUCACUGUACAUAGACUGCCUUUAUCUAUUUAUUGGAAACCACAGGGACCUUGUUCUUGUUUUUGUGUUCUUACUCUCAUGUGAAAG